AUGGAAUGGCUUAAUGUGCCUGGUUUCGCAGAGCCUAUUCCACCAGAUGUUGAUUCUGAUGGUGAAGACCGUCGUGAGCGUCAUGAGUAUGACAUCGAGCAAGCCGUAAUCCAGUUUGAAGACGAGCCUUCUAUCAGACACAAUGUCUAUCCAGAGUCUGAUGAUGAUGAAGAAAAUGAAAGUGUGAGAGAAAGGAGGCGUUUUCCGAUAAGAAGAGGUAAUAUAAACUUAUUCAAAGGACAACUCUUCAUGAAUGCUAUAGCGUUUAAGGAGGCUGUAUUGAACCAUGCUCUGCAAAAUUGUCGGAAUAUAUCGCAGUAUAAGUAUGAUAAGACCAGGGUUGCUUUUGAAUGCAAAGGUAAAGGUUGUUCAUGGCGCAUAUAUUGCUCAGUUCCGAAGGAUAGUAAUAGGUGGCAGGUGACUAUCUUUAAAUCGGUUCAUACUUGUGUUCCGAAUGUUCAGUGUGCUAUGUUAAAAGUCCCUAUCAUUGCCCGUCUCUUUCUUGAUAAAAUUCGCAAAGAACAAGAGUACUUCAUGCCAAUGAAGAUUGAACAACUGAUUAUGGAGAAGUGGAGGAUAUGUGUGACAAGAAAUCAAUGUCAGCAUGGUAGGAACAAAGCAUUGAGAUGGAUUGAGAAGGAGUAUGCAGAGCAGUUCGCACGGCUGCAUGAUUAUGCAGCUGAAAUAGAGCAUUCAAACCCUGGCUCUUCAGUGGAGGUUGACUGUAUAACAAACGAGGUAGGAAGCCAUGUUUUUCAAAGGUUUUAUGAGUGUUUCGCUAAUCUUAGGAGAUCAUGGAAAGAGAAUUGUAGGCCUCUUAUAGGAGUUGAUGGCUGCUUUUUGAAGUCAGUUCAGAAGGGUGAGUUGUUUGUUGCUAAUGGGAGAGAUGCUGAUAACAGAAUUUAUCCAAUCGCUUGGGCUGUAGUGCAAAAGGAAAAUACAAAUAACUGGGCAUGGUUCUUUCGUAAGAUCAAGGUGGACUUAGGUCUUGGAGAUGGGGAUGGAUAUAUUUUGGUGUCUGAUCGUCAAAAGGGUUUGCUUAGUGCUGUGAAGGAGGAGUUACCUCUGAUAGAACAUAGAAUGUGUGUCAGACAUAUUUACAUGAAUGUAAAGUCUCGACAUGGAAAGAUGCCGGAGCUGAAGACAAUGAUUUGGCAUCUUGCUUGGAGCUACAACUUGGCAGAGUACAAAGAAAAUUUGAAGAAGAUUGAGCUAUACGAUGAAGCAGUCUAUGCUGAUGUGAUGAAAACAAAACCAGAGACUUGGUGCAGAGCAUUCUACAAGCUUGGACCUUGUUGUGAGGAUGUGGAAAACAACUCAGUAGAAUCAUUCAACAACUUCAUAGGUAAAGCUAGAGACAAGGCGUUAGUGCCAAUGUUGGAGACCAUUGCUAGACUUGCAAUGGUUCGUAUAGCCAGAAGGGAAGCUAAAGCCGACGGUCAUCAAGGCUUAACAACUCCAUAUGUGAGUGAUUAUCUGGCGGAGCAGAAUGAGAAAGCUAAAGAAUGCAUUGUCCAACCUUCGACUAAUAAGAUGUUUUUAGCUAUAGUCGAUGGAUGUUCUUACGGAGUCAACUUGGAGCAUUGGACUUGUACUUGCAGAAAGUGGCAAAUCACAGGUAUUCCAUGUGAGCAUGCAUAUGGAGUGAUGAUUAAGAGAGGGCUUGAAACUCAAGACUAUGUCUGCAAGUGGUUUAAGACAGAGAUAUGGAGGAAGCUUUAUAGGAAUGGUAUUGUCCCAGUUAGAGGUGCCCGGUUUUGGCCAGUUGGAGAGGAGCCACCCAUAGUUCAACCUGUGGUGCCAGACAUGCCUGGAAGGAAUAAGGUUACCAAGGCAGACAAAAAGAGGAAGAAAGGAGUAAAUGAAUCUCCAACAAAGAAAAAAGACAAUUUAGUGAGGAGGGUGAUGCAUUGCAAAAUUUGUGGAAUUGCUAAUCAUAACUCACGAUUCCACAAUAAGAAGAAGAAACCAUCUCAGGCUUUAGUUGAAGCAUCGGCUUCAUCUCAAGUAGAAUCUUCACAAGGAGUUCUCAGCCAAGUUGAUUAA